AUGGCGCCCCUCCGUGCCCUGUGGUUGUCCUGGGCCCUGCUCAGAGUGGCAGCGGCAUGCCCAGAGCCUUGCGCCUGCGUAGACAAGUACGCUCACCAGUUCGCCGAUUGCGCCUACAAGGAGCUGCGCGAGGUCCCCGAAGGACUGCCUGCCAACGUGACCACGCUAAGCCUGUCGGCCAACAAGAUCACCGUGCUUCGACGCGGGGCAUUCGCCAACGUCACGCAGGUCACGUCGCUGUGGCUGGCGCACAAUGAGGUGCGCACCGUGGAGCCGGGCUCCCUGGCCGUGUUAAGCCAGCUGAAGAACCUCGACCUGAGCCACAACCUCAUCUCCAGCUUCCCGUGGAGCGACCUUCGCAACCUGAGCGCGCUGCAGUUGCUCAAGAUGAACCACAACAACCUGGGCUCGUUGCCCCGGGACGCUCUCGGAGCGCUGCCGGACCUGCGUUCGCUGCGCAUCAACAACAACCGCCUGCGCACGCUGGAGCCCGGCACCUUCGACGCGCUGAGCGCGUUAUCGCACCUACAGCUUUAUCACAAUCCCUUUCACUGCGGCUGCCGCCUGCUAUGGCUGCAGGCCUGGGCCGCUAGCACCCGGGUCUCCCUACCCGAGCCAGACUCCAUCGCUUGCGCCUCGCCCCCAGCGCUGCAAGGCGUGCCAGUGCACCGCCUGCCCGCCCUACCCUGCGCGCCGCCCAGCGUACUUCUGAACGCAGAACCAGUACCCGAGGUGCCUGGCGCCCCUCUACGUGCCGGCCUGACGUUCUUGGCGCACUGCGUGGCCGAAGGACACCCCACGCCCCGCCUGCAGUGGCAACUCCAGAUCCCCGGUGGCACAGUCGUCUUGGAGCCGCCGGUCCCGAGCGGGGAGGACGACGGGAACGAGGCGGCGAACCCGAAGGGUGAAGGAGACGGGGACGCGCCCACGCCGACGACGAUGGAGGCUCCAACAUCGCCUCCACCCCCAGCUUGGCCCGUGCCCCCGGCCACUCCUCGUUUCUUGGCCCUCGCCAACGGCUCCCUGUUGGUACCGGUGCUCAGUGCCAAGGAGGCGGGCAUCUACACCUGCCGCGCGCACAAUGAGCUGGGCACCAACUCAACUUCCAUGCGCGUGGCGGUGACUGCAGCCGGGCCCCCCAAACACGCUCCCGGCGCUGAGGGAGAAGCAGACGGACAGACUCCGACCUCUGGGCGCAAAUCUACUGCCAAGGGCCGAGGUAACAGCGUCCUGCCUUUUAAGCCCGAAGGCAAAACCAAAGGCCGCGACGGCCAAGCCAGAGUCGCUGUCCUCGGGGAGGCGGAGCCGAUGCAGGAGGAGGAGGAGGAGACCGAGGCAGGUGAGGAAGAGGAGGCCGAAGACUCGAUUCCUGAAGACGCGGCGGAGAAGCAGCACUGCGGCCAUGGAGACCCGUCCCGGUACGUGUCCAACCACGCGUUCAACCAGAGCGCGGAGCUCAAGCCGCACGCCUUCGAACUGGGCGUCAUCGCGCUGGAUGUGGCAGAGCGCGAGGCACGAGUGCAGCUGACGCCGCUGGCGGCGCGCUGGGGUCCCGGGCGGCGACCCCUGCGUCUGCUCUACCUGUGUCCGGCGGGCGGCGGCGCGGCGGUGCAGUGGUCGCGCGUGGAGGAGGGCGUCAACGCCUACUGGUUCCGCGGGCUGCAGCCCGGCACCAACUAUUCCGUAUGCCUGGCGCUGGCGGGCGAGGCCUGCCACGUGCAAGUCGUGUUCGCCACCAAGAAAGAGCUGCCCUCGCUGCUGGUCAUCGUGGCGGUGAGCGUGUUCCUGCUGGUGCUGGCCACCGUGCCCCUGCUGGGCGCUGCUUGCUGCCAUCUGCUGGCCAAGCACCCGGGCAAGCCCUACCGCUUGAUUCUGCGGCCGCAAGCCCCAGACCCCAUGGAGAAGCGCAUCGCCAACGACUUCGACCCCCGGGCCUCCUACCUCGAGUCGGAGAAGAGUUUCGGGGCGGGUGGCGAGGCCGGCGGUGAAGAGCAGGGGGAGGCCCCGGAGGAGAUCCUAGAAGAAGAGGAGGAGCAGGGGGACCCCAGCGGAGGCUUGCAGAGGGAGGAGAGCCUGGCGGCCUGCUCGCUGGCGGAGUCCCAGUCUAAGGUGAACCAGGAGGAGUUCGAGGCAGGCUCUGAGUACAGCGACCGGCUGCCCUUGGGCGCCGAGGCCGUCAACAUCACGCCGGAGAUUAACGGCAAUUACAGGCAGACGGCGGGCUAA